AUGUUUACUUUCACACAGAAUAACUUGGAAAAAUCCGGUGAGCAAGUGUCCAUUAUCGACGAGGAAAACAAUCUUCAAAACCACAGUGAUCAAUUCAUCCUUCAAAUAAGUCAGCAACAAAACAAUUGGGAUCAUCAGCGUCUAGAAUCAGAGAUGCAAGAAUUAACGGAGAAACGAUUGGUGAAUCAUGACGAGAUAAUUGCGUAUAUAUCUAAAUAUGAUAAAUUAAUCGAAGUCAAGGAGGAAGGGGCCGAAAUAAGGGAGUUCAUGGAGUCAUUGUCCGAGGAAGAACGAGCAUCAAGAUUCGGGUACGAAGUUAUCAUCACCAUUGACCGUUCGACCUUUAAUUUAUUCUCACGUAUCUCCAUGUCGAUUAGCCCAGAGAACAUCGACCAGGUUUUGAAGGCCGGCCUUUACCAAAACUGGUGCGAAUAUUCGAAAGCGGUUCAACCGACAGACUUCCCAGAAAGUUUCGGUGCAAAUUAG